AUGUCUCUUGAUAUAUUCUGGGAGAAAUUGGAUAAAGAGGUAGCCAAAAAAGUACAAGACACAUUAAACGAAUAUUUUCGAAAUUCAGCUAAUAAACCUUCCUUCCUCGGUGACAUAGAAAUUUCCGAUUUUGAUUUUGGAACUUUACCGCCGUCGAUUGAAAUCACCAAGGUUACCGAUCCCUUUCCUGAAUUUUAUUUACCCGAAAACUCAGUUAUCGAGGAGGAUGUUAGAUUCACAGAGGGUUUGGAAACCUCUUAUUCAAAUAUAAAUGGAAUUGAACGUCCUACUCCCAUUGGAAAUAAUACCGGCGUUGGCGGUAUUGGAUUAAACGGUUUGGCCGGAAGUAUUGGCCUGAACUCCUCAAUUUCGAGCAGUUUGUUGAGUGGUAGUAACCCGGGUGUCGGUAUAUACGGAAUGGGAGGUUUGAACAACCAGCUGUCGACACCAAUUACGUCACCAUCCUCAUCGAUAAUAGAUGAUUAUUAUUCAGAAUAUUUGGAACAACAUCAAGAAAAUAGAUUUCAUCUAUCAGCAGAUUAUCAAGCAAAUCAUCUUCACACGCAACACCUGGACAACGUGCACGCCAGAGAUGACACUUCUUGUGGAUCUUUAACACCUGAUGAAGAUACCGAUGCUCAAUUACAUAUGUCAAUAAAUUAUAAAGGAGAUAUGAGAAUGACGGUUACUACCGAACUAUAUAUGAACUAUCCUAGCACGAUGUUCAUGAGUUUACCCAUUAGGUUGACCGUCACGGGAUUCGAAUUUUCAGCCACUGCAGCAAUUGCCUACCUAAAGCGUCGUAUCAAUUUUUGCUUCUUGGAACCAAAUGAUCCGGAAGAAAGCCUUCUGAAAGAAGUUCACAUCGAAUCGGAAAUUGGCGACAAAGGGAAGCAAGUUUUAAAAAACAUUGGAAAGUUGGAACGAUUUAUUGUUGAUCAAUUAAGAAAAUUUAUCGACGAAGAAUUAAUGUUCCCAAGUUGUUACUCGAUUGAUCUAAGCUAA